CUCACAGAGCACUUCCUGGAUGCUCGUCUGUGAAUGUAAACAGAGAAAUGUCGCAGUCUCCAGACAGCAGGAGCCUUUUAUCCGCUUCUUCCCAGCUCAACCUGAUGGAAGUAGAGUCGAUUGACGAUAAGGAGUUUGACAUUCCCCAAGUGGACACCCCUCCCACACUGGAGAGCAUUCUGAAUCAGAUGGAGGAAGAGGAGGACCCUUUUGUUCUGGAGGACACCUGCCUUUUAAACACGGACAACAUGGACGCUCAGUCCUACGACACGUCCUCCUUGGCCAGCUCGGACAGCGGAGACCCGGCACACCUCAAACGGAAGAGAAGGACUCUGGAACAGAACGCAGCAGUUCACGGCUCGGUUCUUCGCCUCAGCUUGCUGAAGGGCAUCUCCGCUCAGAUAGUUGCUGCUGCUGACAAAGUGGAUGCUGGGCUGCCUACUGCAAUAGCCAUGUCCGGUGUUAUUGCCGUAGGAACAUCUCAUGGUCUUGCCCUGGUGUUUGACACCAACCAGGCUCUGCGGCUCUGUCUCGGCAGCAAGACAACCGGAGCGGAGUUUGGCGCCAUCUCGGCUCUUAGCAUCAACCACGACUGCUCACGUCUGCUGUGUGGCUUUGCCAAGGGUCAGAUUACAAUGUGGGAUCUUGCCAACGGAAAGCUUCUGAGGACCAUCACAGAUGCCCAUCCUCCAGGGACGGCCAUACUGCACGUGAAGUUCACAGAUGACCCAACUCUGGCCGUGUGCAACGACAGUGGAGGGUCUGUGUUUGAGCUGACCUUCAGGAGGGUGAUGGGGAUGCGCUCAUGUGACUCACGGUGUCUCUUCAGCGGCUCUAAAGGAGAGGUGUGCUGUAUAGAACCUCUGCGGACUCCUCCAGACUUCAGAGACCACCCCAUCACAUGCUACUCUCUCCUAGCUAUGGCUUCCCUGACCAAGAUUCUGAUCAUUGGACUCAAGCCCAGCCUGAAUGUGUGGAUGACUCUUCCCUACAUCAAGUCUGAUCCCAGCAGUGUGCCCCAGCUGGCCUGGCAGUUUGUUCCUGUCCAGAAGACGGUCAACCCCAUGCUGGCCUUUUGUAAAGGAGACUCAGUCCACUUCCUGCUGGUGAAGAAGGAGGAGACGGGCACCAUCCAUGUGAUCAAGCAGAGGCAGCUGCAGCUGAGCUGUGACAUCAUCAGCCUGAACUGGAUUAACAGCUGCAGCCUGGUGCUGCUGGACAGCCAUGAGAAGCUGCACGUGGUGGACCGGCCCACUCAGGAUGUCCUGGAGACGCUGGACCUGGAGCAGGUGCAGCUGGUCUACAACAGCCGGCACUUCAAGUCCCUGGCAACCGGAGGGAAUGUCUCCCAGGCUCUGGCGCUGGUUGGAGAAAAGGCCUGCUACCAGUCACUGUCAAGCUAUGCAGGACAGAUCGUCUGCCUGGGCACCAAGUCAGCUCAUAUUAUGUCCCUAAGGAACUGGAAAGAGCGUCUGGACUGUUUGCUGAAGCAGGAGCGUUUCACUGAGGCUCUGUCUCUGGCCUGGUCCUUCCAUGAAGGCACCGCCAAGGCUGUGGUUGGCCUGCAUGGAGAUUCACAGAAAAGGAAGGCGGUUAUCAGCGACAAGAUGGUGGAGAUUCUUCUCCAUUUUACAGAGUACGCUGUGAAGAAAUGCCCAGAACAGGGCAAGCUGCAGGUCAUGGAGCAGCAUUUCCAGGAAGUGGUGCCAGUGCUGGUGGAUUAUUGCCUCCUGCUGCAGAAGGCUGACCUGCUGUUCAACCAGCUGUACUCUCGGCUGGUGGAGAACAUGGUUGCUAAGGGCGUCUUCCUGGAGUCACUGGAGUCGUACAUCGUCGCCAAUCGUCUUGGUCACAUCACUACGCCUGUUAUGAAGGACCUCCUGGCACAUUACCAUGACAACGGUAUGAUGGACAGCCUGGAGAGAUGCAUUGUCCAUCUGGAUGUUACCAGUCUGGACAUACAACAGGUGGUCCAGGUGUGUUGGAACAACCAGCUCUAUGAUGCAGUGAUCUAUAUUUUCAACCGAGGCAUGAAUGACUACAUUACUCCAAUGGAGAAACUCUUUUCAGUGAUUGGUCCUAGAGUCAGAGAGGGGCGGAGCCUAACAGGUGAUGAUGUGGUGAUGGGAAAUAAAUUACUAGUUUACAUAAGCUGCUGUCUUGCUGGUAGAGCCUAUCCGAUCGGAGACAUCCCUGAAGACCUGGUUGUUCAGGUCAAAUACCAGGUGUUUGAGUUCCUGAUCCGUCUCCAUUCAGGCGACUCCUCGCAGAAGGAGGAAGUCUUCCCGUUCAUUCACACACUCCUCCACUUUGACACUCGGGAGUUCCUCAAUGUUCUUGCCAUGACACAGGAAUCUUCGUUGAUGAGAAGGGAUUUUCCCAACACGAGGUCAUGCUGCGUUCAGACGUUUGAUGAUGUCCAGAACGACAAGCAGGCCCUGGAGUACCAGCAGAGGAUAGUGGACAUCUUACUUCAGGUAAUGGUGGACAACCCUGACUUCACUCCCUCCCAAGUCGGCGGUCUCUUCACCUUCCUGGCUCGGCAGCUGGCCAAGCCAAACAACACGCUGUUUGUGAACAGGAACCUUUUUGAUCAGGUGCUGGAGUUCCUGUGUUGCCCUGACGAUGACUCUCGACAUACUGAACGGCAGCAGGUUCUGCUGGAGCUGCUGCAGGUCGGGGGUGUGGUCCAGUUCAACGAAGAACGGCUCUUCACGCUGGCAGAGAAAGCCAAGUUCUACCAGAUCUGUGAGUUCCUGUAUGAGAAAAAGCAUCUGUAUGACCGGAUCGUGGACUGCUACUUACAGGACCCACUUCGAAAGGCGGAAAUCUUCAGCUACAUCCACAACCUGAUGUCCAUGCCGGGCUACAGCUCCGAGGAGAAGCUGAAGGUCAAGGAGAAGGUGCUGCAGCACAUGCAGGAGCUGGUGAGCCUGGAUCCUGGUAAAUUAGCUGACCUGGUGGUGUGGCACUUCACAGAGGAGGUGCAUACCAUCAUCUCUGAGCUGCAGGACGACAGUCUACUUUUCCAAUUCCUCCGCUGCCUCCUAGAGUCUCAGGAAGGAUCUCAGUCCGCGUCCCGGCUGCCUCUGGAGUCUGAACUUUAUGAGCUUUUGCUGGACCUGAUGUGCCGCUUUGAACCGCAGGAGCUUUUGAAGUUCCUCCACACCUCCCAGCAUUACAGGCUUGAGGAGGCCAUACAGAUAACAGAGAAGUACCACUGUAAUGAAGCCAAGGCUUAUCUGCUGGAGAAGAAGGGAGAUAUUCCUGGAGCCUUUGCUGGAUUGCUGCAGACCCUGAAGGAAAGACUGGAUGUCCUCACUGCAGAGAUGAGUGGCGGCAUUGGAGGAGGAGUUGACGGUCGGGACGAAAAGGAGGCGGAUGGUGAAUUCACACUGACAACAGUGAAGAGUUCACUCAACCAAAUGAUUCUUUUCUGUCAUCGAAACUGUCAGAACCUUGAUCAAGAGCAAAGGAAGGAUCUAUGGUUUCCACUCCUGGACACCAUGAUGGCCUCUCAGAAGGAAGUCAUGGGGCUCAGCGAUAAACACAUCUCAGAUGGGCUGAAGGAGAUGACCCUGAAGGUUCUCAACUGUAUGAGCAGCUUCAUUUCACUUCCUGCCAUCAUUCAGCAGAUCCUGCAGGACCCAGUUUAUGGAAGAGGAAAGCUGGCGGAGAUCCAGGGACUCAUUCUGGGCAUGCUGGACACGUUCACCUAUGAACAGACUCUGCUUGAAACAACAACAAAUCUGCUGAACCACGACCUCCACUGGUCCCUGGCACACCUCCACUCCGCCGUCACCAGAGGGCUUCAUCCCCGCCAGGACAGCUGCAACAUCUGCCUGCAGCACUACAAGAGGAAGCAGGAUGCGUCCGAGGAGAUCGUCGUGUUCAGCUGUGGCCACCUGUACCACCUGCAGUGCCUGCAGCAGAAGGACUGUGGGUGGGGUGUGGCCUCGGAGCCGCAGCAGCCAUGGAGGUGCUACAAGUGUUCCUCCAGCCAUGGAGGAAGGGGCGGGGCUUGUUCUGAGCCAAACAGAAGCCGCAGCACGUCUCUCGCCCAGACUCGAUUUUCAUCAGGACAUCAUGAAAAAGGAGCUGAGACUCACAGGAAGAAGGUGGUUGCUGUGGCAACAUUGGAUGUGCAGCAGGAACUCUCCUGGGAUCACUUGCGAGGGUUGUACAGGGGACCGUCCCGGCUGUCCAUCCUCUCUGAGGUUUUGCACGGCCAAAGCAGCGAGAAAGCGGGCUUCCUGCUUCCCGCCCAGCCAGAGAGUUUCCACCUGAAGCUCGCUCCUCCUCCUCUGUUUGAGGAGUAGCACCUCCAGAGCCUCCUGCGUCCGGUUCCGGCCGUCCCUCAUUUCUUUUACUAUCCUGAAGCAUUAAAACAUCAACAUGGCUGACAUAUGUUUGUUUGCUAUUGUUCUCCCACUACUGUGACUUUAUUCUCUUCAUUUCACCUAUUCAUCCCUCCAUCCGUCCACUUAUUCAUCAACCUCACGGUCUUUAAUGAUGGAUAGAAAUAUCAGACGGGAGCAGCAGCCAAUGUGAUAAUGAUAUAAUUUAAGCUAACAUUAGCAUUUUAGCUCAUUUUAGCUUUAAUGUGGGUAUGUUGCCCACUCUGCCUGCCUGCCAGUGUUUCUGUGGAAAUGUGUCGUCUUUGAUAUCUUUAGCAGUGAGAUCAAACAGAGUGAAUUAUGGUGUCUAACUGCACUUUGGUACCUGAGGCAGAAACACAAACAUGUUUGUGAUUUUUGUAAUAAAACAUUGUGCGGUAUUUUA